AAACCCAAAUUUACCCCAACUCCUCAUCGUUCUCAUCAUUAUCUCUCACAAUCUUUCAUAUUAAGGAACUUUUAAUUUCAGAGAAAUUAAAGGCUGAUUGAAAAUGUCUGGACGUGGAAAAGGAGGAAAAGGAUUAGGAAAGGGAGGAGCAAAACGACACCGUAAAGUCCUUCGUGAUAACAUCCAAGGUAUCACAAAACCAGCAAUUAGGCGUUUGGCUCGUAGAGGAGGAGUGAAGCGUAUCAGUGGACUCAUCUAUGAGGAGACACGUGGCGUGCUGAAGAUCUUUUUGGAAAAUGUGAUUCGUGAUGCUGUUACAUACACUGAGCACGCUCGCAGAAAGACUGUGACUGCUAUGGAUGUUGUUUAUGCUCUCAAGAGACAGGGAAGGACUUUGUAUGGAUUUGGAGGUAAUCGAUUGAAGAUGUCAGGACGCGGGAAGGGAGGAAAGGGAUUAGGAAAGGGAGGAGCGAAACGACACCGUAAAGUCCUCCGCGAUAACAUCCAAGGUAUCACAAAGCCAGCAAUCAGGCGUUUGGCGCGUAGAGGAGGAGUGAAGCGUAUCAGUGGACUGAUCUACGAGGAGACACGUGGCGUGCUGAAGAUCUUUCUGGAAAACGUGAUUCGUGAUGCUGUGACUUACACUGAGCACGCGAGGAGGAAGACGGUGACUGCUAUGGAUGUUGUGUACGCGCUCAAAAGGCAAGGCCGUACUCUCUAUGGAUUUGGUGGUUAGAACGUGUGAAUUAAUGUUGUUGGUUUUUGUUUAAUGUAACUAUGUUCUUAAUAGAAGUAGUUUUUGCAAGAAUGGUAUUGCUUAAUUAAUGAAAUUGCACAACUUUUAUUUUUCUUA